UAUUGCAGAAAAAGUAUUGAUAACAAGACUGACAACUCAACGCUGGCUGGAUGUUGGAACAUCAUGGACUGAGGAUGAACAUAGAAGUGCACAUGCACGUAUGGUUUAUGAAUAUCGUGCAACUUGCAGUGCACAUUAUUAUGGCAAGGGUUGUGAGAAUCUAUGCAGACCCCGUGACGAUAGCUUUGGACAUUACAGCUGCAGUCCAACCGGUGAACGUGUAUGCUUGUCAGGAUGGAAGGGCGAUUAUUGUGCAACUCCUCGCUGUUUGACUGGAUGUAAUGAACAGCAUGGACACUGCAGUCAACCCAACGAAUGCACAUGUAAUCCUGGCUGGACUGGACAAUUCUGUGACCAAUGUGUUAGAUAUCCAGGAUGUCUUCAUGGUACAUGCCAAAAACCAUGGGGUUGUAUGUGUAAUGAAGGAUGGGGUGGUUUAUUUUGUAAUCAAGAUUUAAAUUAUUGUACAAAUCAUAAACCAUGUAUGAAUGGUGGCACCUGUUUUAACACCGGUCAAGGUUCUUACACCUGUUCUUGUGCUCCUGGCUUUACUGGUACUGAUUGUGAAACACCAUUGUCUGAUUGUCAUUCAAAUCCUUGUUUAAAUGGUGGUUCAUGUUCAAUGAAUAACAAUAAUACAAUUACUGGAUCAUCAUUAUCCUCAUCAUCAUCAGGAUCAUCAGGAUCAUCAGGGUCAUCAUCAUCAUCAUCAUCUUCAACAGGAUUAUCAAAUCAAUUCAACAACAACAACAACAUGGGAAAUAAAACAAAUGAAUCAACAAUUCAAACAGCAUAUCGUUGCACCUGUUUACCAGGUUGGAGUGGUCGUCAUUGUGAAAUAACAUCAAAAUCAUGUAGAGAUUCACCAUGUUUACAUAAUGGUGUAUGUGUUGAUGAUUCAUUAAAAGGAUAUACUUGUCAUUGUCCAGCUGGUUAUUCUGGUAAAGAUUGUGAAACACAAGUUGAUGAAUGUUCACCAAAUCCAUGUAAUAAUAAUGGUACAUGUACACCAACACAAAAUGGUUUUAUGUGUACUUGUCCAGCUGGUUAUACUGGUGAUAAUUGUGAAAUAAAUAUUGAUGAUUGUCAAGGUGAUCCAUGUUUAAGUGGUGGUACAUGUGUUGAUAUGAUUAAUCGUUUUCGUUGUCAAUGUGUACCUGGUUAUGUUGGAUUAUUGUGUCAAGAUAAAGUUGAUUAUUGUUUAGCUAAACCAUGUGCAAAUGGUGGUAUAUGUGCAUCUGGAACAAAUGAUUAUGUUUGUACAUGUAAAGCUGGUUUUACUGGUAAAGAUUGUAGUGUUGAUGUUGAUGAAUGUAAAAGUAAUCCAUGUAAUAAUGGUGGUUUAUGUAAAAAUCGUGUUAAUGGUUUUGUUUGUGAGUGUACAACUGGAUGGCGUGGUGAUACAUGCAAUGAACAAAAUGAUGGUACAACAAUUGUACGUCCAUCAAACAACAACAACAACAACAACUAUAACAACAAUAACAACAACAAUAAACGUCAUUUUAAUAUGAAUAAUACAAAUAACAACAACAACAAUAAUCAUCAUUAUAAUAAUAAUGGUAUACCACCAUCAGGUGCAAGUUAUUGGUCUGGUAAUUUAUCAAGACCAUCAGCUGAAGCACGUGAUGCUGGUUUAACAACUGAACAUGUUGUUGUUAUUGCAACAUUAUCAACAGCAGUACCAGCAUUUGUACUUGUUGCUGCAAUUGCUGUUAUGUGUAUGAAACGUCGUCAAAAACGUGAACAAGCACGUGCUGAUGAAGAAGCACGUAUACAAAAUGAAAGAAAUGCUGUACACAGUAGUUUAACAAAACGUAUUGUAACAAGUAAUUGUAAUGGUACAAAUAGUAAUGGUAAUAGUAGUUUAUAUCAAGGUAAUCAAACAAAUACAAAUAGUAGUAGUAUUUGUUCAAUAAAUGGUGAUUCACAUAUGAUUAAAAAUACAUGGACUGCAAAUAAAAGUGUUAAUAAUUCACGUAAUGAUAAUACACGUGAUGAUUUAGAUUUAUCAUUUCAAACUGAUAGUGGACAUGAUAUAUCAUGUGGCGGUGGAGGUGGAGGAGGAGGUGGUGGUUAUAAACCAGAACAAAUAAUAAAUGAUGGAAGAUCAAGAACACCAAAACAAUUAAAUACUGAUGCUGCUGCACAUCGUACAUCUUAUCAUUUUCAAAAAGAUAAAGAUAUAUGUGGUAGUGUUGGUGGUUUAAUUGAUUCAAAAAGAACAUCAUCAAUAUUUUCAACAAAUAAUAAUAACAAUAAUAAUAAUAAUAAUAACAAUAAUACAGAUUCAUGUUGUGGUAAUGAUCCAGCGUUACUUAAAAGACCGUUAAAUGAUAGUGGUGGCGGGGGUGGUGGUGGUGUUAAUGAGGGUAAUUGUGGUGUAUAUGUCAUUGAUGAUCAUUAUAGACAUGAUUCAAGUAUUGCAUCAACCCUUGCAACAGAAGUGUAGUAGUCAUCCAUUUAUUUAAUUUAAACUAAAAAAAGAAAUUAUUAUUAUUAUUAUACAGACAAUGCAUUGCUGCGUUACAAAGACUAUUAUCAAUUAUUAUUCUCUCUCUUUUCUUUUUUUUUUUUUUUCAAUAUUUUUUUAAAUUCAAUUUUGGUAUAAUUAUUAAUUAUUAUUAUUAAAACUAUAUUUUCAAUCUCCCUGAUUAGUCAGCCGUAUAUUUAUCCGUUAUUUUUUUUUUUUUUCAAAUAACUGUUAAAACUUUUUUGACUAUUUUUCGUUUUUUUAUUUUAUUUUUUUUGAUACUGUAUUUUAUUGUGAUUAAAGUUACUUUUAAUAGCUUGAUAUUGAGUUUAAUUAAUUUCAAAUUAUUACGAAAAAAAAAAAAAAUAAUACAGUAAAUAGAAAAAAAAAUAAAUAAACUUAAAAUUACGCCAAAAUGUUUUAGAAACAUUUAAAUGCACAUUUACGCGAGUAACUGGAUUAUUUCGUGUUAGCACAAAAUAGACAGGGAGAUUUGAAUGAAAAAUAAGAAGAAAAAAAAAAUAUAUAUAUAUUAAAUAAAUAAUAGUUAAAGAAUAAAUUAAAAAAAAAAAAAAAAAAAUAUAAAAAAAAAAGAAAAAGAGAGACGAAGAUAAAAGUGAGAGAGCCGCUUCGGUGAUGCAAAUGCACGCCAACGCGCAAAAUAAUAAAAUUUAAAAUAAUAAUAAAUAAAUAAAUAAAAAACACCCCCCUCCACAAGUCCCUUAGGUAUUUAUAAUAAUUAUCAAUGCUCGAAGCAAAAGUAAAAUAAAACGAAAAAAAAAAAAAAACUGUACAGAAUUAAUUUAUUAUAAUUGUUAUUUACUAUUAUUACGGAGUUUUCACCGUGCUAUUGAUGUUAUGUGUAUUUAAAAAAAAAAACGACGACGAAAAUGAUGAUGAUGAUGAAGAAAAAAACUAAGAAAAAUGAAAAAAAAAAAAACAUAAUAUUAAUAGCUUUAUUAUUGAUAAUUAUAUUAUGGAUUAUCAUUGUUCCAAUAAAUUAAAUUUACGUUUAUGUGUAUGUUAGAGUGACCUCUGUAUAUGUGCAUUUCAAUUUUUUUUUUUUAAAUUUUUUUUGUAAACGUCGAUUAAUAUAUAUAAAAAAUAAAAAAUAUAUUUUUUUUUGCAACGAGUGAUUAUGUGCGUGUGAGAAAAAAUUGUACAUCGAGUAUGCAUGUAUAUGUCUGUAAAUGUGUAUUAUUUUAUAUAUAUAAAUAUAUCUAUAUAUUUUUUUUUUUUUUUUGAAUGUAAAAACGUCAGGAUUUAUAUAUGUUUCGUAAUGAUAUUUUUUUUUUUUUUUUAUUUCUUUUUGUUUUGUCGGGAAGGCGCUUUUUUCGAUGACCCGAUUUUGUGUGUGCGCGGCCUUUAAAUCAAAUCGAAAUCUUUUGUGACUUUGGAAUUUUUUUGGUAAAAUUUUAGAAUCA